AUGGCUUCUACAAAUAACCGUCAGCCAGCACCUAUCCUCCCGCCUUCGACGCCGUCCAAUACCAACUCGAAUGCGCGUCCCUCACCCCAGCUGCAGGCCGUCAACAACACCCAGAAUCAGAUCAAUAAUAACAAUGACAACAGCACGAACUUGACCCCCACGUCGGAAGCGCGAAUGAACCCUCCUCCUGUCCCCCGCUCCUUGAUGACUCCUGCGCGAGAUAUGCGCGAAAGCUCCGUCAUGUCUUCUGGCGGGAGUGCGCGCAAACCGCGUCAGAAUCUCGAAGAGCGUGAUCAUAUCCUAAUGAUGAAGCACUGCAUUGAGCAAAAGGACAACUUCAAGGAGGGCACCAAGGCUCAAUUCUGGACGGGCGUUAAUGCAUCUUUCCAAACAGAUACCGGGAAGGUCUUAGCUCAGAUGAGCGCCACAGUCGGACGAUUAGUCGAAGCCCGCAGAAGGCAGAUAUCGGAUUGGGAGAGCGGGAUUCUUCCUCAGAAGCCUGGCGGUGAGCUGAACGACAAGCUGGAUGAAUGGAUUGAGUUUCUCAAAGUUGAAGAUGGGGAUGCCGAGGCAGAGCGGCAGAGACAAGUUGAUGCGAGAAGAAAGGUGGAAGAGCAACGUAAGGAAGCCCGUAGGCAGGCAAUUGCCGCAGAGACUUUAGCAAAUGCUCAAAAUCCACAAGCAAGAAUGAUUACUGGCCCCGCGCCUCCGGCAGACAUGCAGCAACAACAUCACCAGCAACAGCAGCAGCAACAACAACAACAUCAAUUACCACCACCUCCCCCACCUCACGGCGGAGCAUUAAUACAACCCCAUCCUCAACCUAAUGGAGAGGCCGACAUGAACGGCUUUCGACCAAACAAGAGAAGACGUAUGAACGAACGUCAACUCACCCAAGAGUUGCAAGCCCAACUCCAACACGAACAAUGGCAAGCCCAACAAGCUCAGCAAUACGCACUAGCCCAUCCCCCAGAACCACCACGAAGAGUCGUUGUCGAAGGUGCUUUAUCCAAGGAGGAUUGGCGAGAUAUCAUGGGCAACGACGCACGCCUACGGACGCUCGAAAACAAAGUCGACAAAAUUGAGGUACUUGUGGCCCAAAACAACAAGCUGCUUCUACAAUUAGUGCAGAAUCAGAAGGACAGCAGCAAGGAGCGAGAUCGCAAUGCAGCGGAGGAAGAGAGGGUGCCGGUUCAUCUUGAUGCCGAGUUUGAACGGGAUUACUUGUGA